AUGCCGGUUGCGGGAGAACGCUCGGCGGCGCUAACGCUCGGCGGCGCUAACGCUCGGCGCCGACCUGACCUCGGCAUUCGGCGAGGUAAAUGGUUCACAGAAGACACUACUUCCAUUUCUGUCGUCAAAACUGGCCCUAGUUCGCAGAAGGAGGUGACGUACUUUCUUUCGGCUGCGGCGGGGGCCGGCCAGUGUCGCAAGCUGGCUGUCACCGCUGCUCGGCGGAGCGUGAACCCUCGCGGCGGCGAGGGCGAGGGCGUCGGCACCUUGCGCGGUAUCCGAUCAUACGCGGCCGCCACUCCACCGCCCCCCCCCCCCGGCUCCCUCGCCGCGGCGCGAUUAGUUGCCCAUUGCCCUCGAGACUCGCCUGUCUACACACCUGGCGCCCAGUGUGUGGCCAGCGCCUUUCACGCCUCUUGCCGGAUCGCGGCCUGGGAUUGA